AUGCGCCAACUCAUUUCGACCACAGAGAUUGACGAAUGCCUCGAGAGCGAGCACAAUUGUCGUCUAGAUACUGAGUGUUUUAACACGCCUGGCAGCUUCACGUGCGCCUGCGAUGAGGGCUACAUUGGAAACGGCACAGUGUGCGAAGAUAUCGACGAUGCCUCGAGGAAGACCACGGUUGUAAUCCAGAUGCUGAGUGUUUCAGCACACCUGGCAGCUUCGCAUGCGCCUGCGAUGAGGGCUAUAUUGGCAACGGCACAAGCCACAGUUGAUCCAGAGCCAUGCGAAAUCUUGGAUUUAGAGUGUGAUAGUCAGGCGCAAUGCUUGUUUACGGGCGUGGGAUAUGAUUGUGUGUGCAAUGAAGGCUUCUUUGGGAACGUCACGGCAUGCAAGGGACCGAAAGACGAGUGCAAAGCCAGCGGUCAAGAUUGUGACAUCAACGCUGAGUGUUUGGAUGUAGGCGGAAGUUUCAUGUGCACAUGCCAAGAAGGGUUCAUUGGGAAUAGCAUGUCGUGUACAGAUUGCGAGACUGCUACAGAUAUCCCCUAUUGCGCAAAGUGCAGAUCGUCUCAGGACACGACACCUGUUUGCGAGGUGUGCAACACAGGAUUCUUCGUAGCUACGAAUGUGACAUACACCGCCUUACACCGAGCACCGGGAGCAGGAGAAGAUCGAAAAGCAAGCGGCGGACAAUCAGGAGUGCAGACACAGGCGGAGACAACGCGGGGCAAACAAGGUGUGUACAAUACCUUCGCUCGAGCCGCACGGGCCACUUCAAAUCGCGCCUGUGUCCAUCCGCUGGAAAACAUAGAGUUCGCCCUGACCAACAGCGACGAGUACAGUCUAGACAUUAAUUGCCAGUGCAACGGCAAGACGCCGACCGCCGAGGACGAGCGCUGUCUUGUCUCUGGCAACACUGUGGUGUUCCCUGUGCCGAAGGUCACAGGUGAAUACAGGUGCGAGAUGGUAGCCGUCGCUGGGUGUAACAUCAAGCCAGGCCAGAUCCAUAGGUUGGGAGGCAUAUACAAAAUAACAGUCUGCGAGGUCACUGAGUAG